UUAGGAAACAAGUAAGACCUUUUACCAACAGUAGACCAUACUUGUUAUACCAUACAGUAACCAGAAACUUACAUCCAACAUGCUCUAUACCUUCUUAGCUCUUUUGCUUCCUCUGGUGGUGAACUCACACCCCGUCAAAAGUCUGCUGCCCUUGGACUGUGAGGACAUCUACCAAAAUGGGUCAGUGCAUAACGGGGUUUACACCAUCUACCCGACAACAGCCGACAAGCCUGUGGAGGUGUACUGUGACAUGGGGUGUACAGAGGACGAGAACCACAAGGACGGGCAGUGGACGGUGAUCCAAAGAAGAAUGGAUGGCACUGUAAACUUCUACCGGCCCUGGGAUCACUACAAGGAGGGCUUUGGGAACAAGAGCGGAGAGUACUGGCUCGGUCUGGAGACUAUUUUCAGCCUCACCUGGAGGGGCAAGUACGAGCUGCGGGUGGACAUGGAGGACUGGGAGAGAGGCCACGUCUACGCCCAGUACUUGUCCUUCUCCAUCGACUCCGAGGACGAUGGCUACGCCCUUCGCUUGAGCGGACACAUCAACGGUGGAGCGGGUGAUUCUCUAAGUUAUGUGAAUGGGAGGAAGUUCUCAACCUACGACAAAGACCAAGACAUCAGUUCCUCCAACUGUGCAGAUCUCUAUGAUGGUGGCUUUUGGUUCAAUAACUGCUUAUAUGCCAAUCCCAACGGGUUGUACAAGGGGAAGGGUAGAGUGGUGUCCACGACAGGAAUCCAGUGGAUCCAUUGGAAAAGCAGUUAUUACUCUCUGAAGUCCAUCACAAUGAAAAUCAAGAGGGUGUCUCUAUCUGAAGCGUAAUUUGCAAUGGCAUCGCUCUCUCUCUCUCUCUCUCUCUCUCUCUCUCUCUCUCUCUCUCUCAGAUCAAAAGCAUCAACUUGAUUUUUCCCAUGUUAGAGCCAUAACAUCCCAUUAUAGACUAUGGCAAAAAGAAAAGCAUUCAUGGUGACACUCUCUCUAAAAUUCACUUGUUUGUUUUUGAGUCCAACUUGAUGAAAAUCAAGAGCAUCUAUCUAAAGGGUAAUUGAUAAUGGAAAGUCUAUAUCUUUCUUUCUCUUUCUGUCAGAUCAAAAUGUUUUGUUAGCAUCAACAUGAUUUUUUCUUUUUCAUAUUGUCAGACUGUGGCAAAAUAAAGGCAUUAAAGAUGAUACUUUCUCUUCUA